UCUUCUCCGCCCUCUCCCGUACGCGACAGCGAGGCCGGCGAGCUUCCCCCCUCCGCCCGCGCUCCUCCCGCCCUUGCGGCGGCGGCCCAGGGCAGGCUUCUCCUCCCACCGCCUGCGCCGUCGUCCUCGGUAGAUAGGGCAUUUGUAAUUUGGAAUUCAAACCAGACAAUCACAAAAGCAUAUGGGAAAUUCGAAAGCUCCUCAACCAUCAAAGAAAUCGCAGAUUAUGUUGUCUGAUACUGACGGACAAUUGGACAAUGAUGACUUUUCAUCAGAAAGUGCAUCUAAUCAAAUGGUUCUGUUCAACCAUGAAACCGUAUCUAAAGGGCAAGAUGAAGACCAUUUGCCAUCUUUGCAGAAAUCAGCCCAUUCUAAUAAUCCAAACCGAGGAUUGCCAUCUAUUGGGGCAUUCACUGUUCAAUGUGCUAAGUGUUUCAAAUGGAGACUUAUUCCAACAAAAGAGAAGUACGAAGAAAUUCGUGAGUGUAUUAUACAGGAACCUUUUGAGUGUGAACGGGCCCGUGAGUGGAGGCCUGAGGUAACAUGUGAUGAUCCAGAAGAUAUAUCUCAGGAUGGAAGUAGGCUUUGGGCUAUUGACAAACCCAACAUUGCACUACCUCCUCCUGGAUGGGAACGACAGAUUAGAAUAAGAGGUGAAGGAGGCACCAAAUUUGCUGAUGUGUAUUAUACUUCUCCUUCCGGGAGGAAACUGAGGUCACUUGUUGAAAUUGAUAGGUACCUCUUAGAGAAUCCGGAUUAUGUUGCACAGGGUGUAACAUUAACUCAAUUCUCAUUCCAGAUUCCUAGGCCUCUGCGACAGGACUAUGUCAAAAAGCGCCCUAAGAUAAUGAAUCCUAGUGACGAAGCAAGUGUAGUAACAACCAAGUCCAUUAAACCGGAAGAAGUGAGCCCCAUAGCCUGGGCAGCUCCAUCGAUACAUCAGGAGGGUGAGGCUGGGGAAAGAACUCAGGCUGAUGAGCCACCUGAAGCAGAAGAAGUGGAGCUAACACGGAAGAGGAAAGCGGAAAGCCCUCUGGCCGAAGAGGCACAUUCUAACCAUGUCUGUGAUGAAGUGAAAACCAAGUUAGAGGAUACUCAAAAUGGAGGUUCUUCGGCCUGAAGGCUGCAACACAGUGAUACCCUUCAGCUCCCCAUCCACGGUUUUAUUGAUUCUCCUUUGCAUUUCAUUUUGCGCGGGGCAGUUUUUUUUUGGGUAAUGCAAGGCCUUGCUGGCCUUAUAUGUAUCAUGCCACAUUAGUGCCAUGUUGGAGGCUGACCCAAAAUAUAAGUUUUGGGACACGUUACAGAUGUUGUAUCCAAAAGCCCUGUUGAACUCUUGUCAGAAGUAUGUCUUCUAGUUUGAGCUUUAGGUAGGAAACCUGCCGUGUAAGAUUAGCUCCUCUCCUUGUUACUCUCUUUGUAAGAUAAGGAAAUGUUGCAUGGACAUAAUUUUCUUGUAUGUGGGUUUGACCCCCUUCUAUUAUCUAAGACAUGCCAUUACUGAUG